GCGCGCCUGGGUCCAAGUUUGCGUGUGACGUCAGGCUGCGUGUGGGACACUGCCGGCUCUUCCCCCUUGCUCUCCAGUCUUAGGAUAGAAGUUAUCAGCCAGCUGGAGACUGGGCAAGGCAACCUCCUACUUCAUUUCUGCACCUAUUGCACUGUCCUCAAUCCUUCCUGUAUGGUGGAUAUUAUUUUCAACUCUUCUUUCUUGGGUGAUAUGGGGGAUCAUUCCAAAAAGAAGUCCGGAAUCGCUAUGUGUGUAGGCUGUGGAAGUCAGAUACAUGACCAGUAUAUACUGCGAGUUUCCCCCGAUCUGGAGUGGCACGCUGCCUGCCUGAAAUGUGCGGAGUGCAGUCAGUAUCUGGACGAGACUUGCACUUGCUUCGUCCGAGACGGCAAAACGUACUGCAAAAGAGAUUAUGUAAGGCUGUUCGGAAUAAAAUGCGCUAAAUGUAACGUGGGGUUUAGCAGCAGCGAUCUGGUGAUGAGAGCUAGAGACACCGUCUAUCACAUCGAGUGCUUCAGGUGCUCGGUGUGCAGCCGGCAGCUGCUGCCCGGAGACGAGUUCUCUCUCCGGGACGAAGAGCUGCUGUGCCGGGCUGAUCACAGCCUGCUUGUGGAGCGGAGCUCGGCGGGCAGCCCUGUCAGCCCGGGACACAUUCACUCCACUAGAUCUCUUCACAUGGCAGCGGACCCAGUGUCGGUUCGACAGCCCCAGCUCCGAACUCAUGUCCACAAGCAGUCGGAGAAGACCACUCGGGUGCGGACAGUGCUGAACGAGAAACAGCUGCACACCCUGCGGACCUGCUACAACGCCAACCCCAGGCCGGACGCCCUUAUGAAGGAACAGCUGGUGGAAAUGACCGGUCUCAGCCCACGGGUUAUAAGAGUCUGGUUUCAGAACAAACGCUGUAAAGACAAAAAGAGAUCCAUCCUCAUGAAGCAGCUCCAACAGCAGCAACACAAUGAUAAAACUAACCUUCAGGGACUCACGGGGACGCCACUCGUAGCAGGCAGCCCGAUUAGACACGACAACGCCGUCCAGGGCAAUCCGGUGGAGGUGCAGACAUACCAGCCCCCCUGGAAAGCCCUGAGUGAAUUCGCCUUGCAAAGUGACCUGGACCAACCUGCCUUUCAACAGCUGGUGUCUUUUUCCGAAUCCGGCUCCUUGGGUAAUUCGUCAGGCAGCGACGUGACUUCGUUGUCAUCUCAGUUACCCGACACCCCCAACAGCAUGGUUCCGAGCCCAGUUGAGACGUGAGGCCCGGCCAAGCCCCGAUUCCGGACCCAGCAUGCUCCCGCUAUACCCUGCAUGAGAACAGACCAGCUCAUCACAGCAUCAAAAUAUUUUUUAUGGGGAAAAAAAAGAUUUGGCUUGGAAGACAGAAUGAUCGGAAAUUCUUCCGGAAAGCAAAGCUGCCUGGUCAAGACUUUAUAUACUGUUUCGCAUCCUGGGAAUUUGGUUGACCAAAAACAUUGUUAAUUACGCGGUUUGAAUCCAUCUGAAUCCAAGUUACACAGGAAAGAAGAACUCUUGAAGGAUAUAUAAACUAGUCUUCCCGAAUGAAAAGCCAGUGGCUCUUCUCUGUUGAACCUUAAACUUUUCCAUCAUGAUGAUAAUUGUGUCUUGUUUCUUCAACAUGUGAGGCAUUUUUUUCAUAUUUCGUUAUUGACUUCAAAAAUCCCUUUACCGUGUUUGUCUUAAAGAGCAUGAUUGCCGGAGAUGAUAUAAAACAGACUCUUGUUGUAAAAUAUUUUAUCUGAGUGGACGGAGGACAGAUUGUUUGAGCCUCUAUCGAACAAAAGUAAGUUAUUGUUAUUUAUUGUCAGAACAACAGUUCAUACAGGGAAUAUUUGAUCUUAAUAAAACGUGUAAAUGCUG